AUGGUGCGAUUGAAUAUAUAUAUAUUUUUCUUCUUGGUAUACCCGUUUAUUCUACUCACUAAUGGAUAUGUUCCUGAAAAGCUCCACUUGACAGUCUACUACGAAAGUAAAUGUCCGGACAGCAAAAAGUUCAUUCUCGAACAACUACAGCCGACUGUUGAGCUAUUACACAAGUAUGUAAGGCUAAGGCUGAUUCCCUUUGGGAAAUCAAUGAGUAUAGAUUAUGGGGAUGAAGGGUUCCAAUGUCAACACGGCCCUACGGAAUGUAUGGGCAAUUUAGUUCAGGACUGCGCACUCAAAUACAUGAGAAAACAUAACGAUGUGCAACGUGUGAACUACGUCGUUUGUGAGAUGGAAUUAGAAGCUGGAGCUAUGGGAAAUCUAGGCUGUGUAAAACAUGCCAGAUUGCCGACGGAUGACGUAGAGCGGUGCGUGUCGACUGGCGAAGGUAUUGCUCUACAACUUGACUCCGAGUAUCACACAAAUUCUCUGAAGCCCCAGUUCAUACCAUCGAUAACUAUCAACGGGGUAUUCGAUCAACAAAUCCAAGAGUCCGCUUUGGUGAACUUGAAAGAAACUUUAUGCUCAUAUCUUAAGGAAGCUCAGCCCUGUGCUCAUUAUUAUAAUAACAAAGUGUGGGAAUAUUUAUUUUACUCUCCCUAA